UGACACAUCAUCACCUAAUCUCUCUUAUUCUUCUUCUUCUUCCUCUCAAACCCCAAUUGAUUAAAAAUUAAAAACCCUACCCAUUUAUAGAGAGUGACAACCAGAUACUUGACCCGACUGACGAUGCUAUAGAUUCUGGCACAAUGAGCUGUGAGGUUAGGGUUAGGGGAGGAGGUAAAUAAGUUGGUAGAGGAAGAGGGGAAGGCAAUAUGGGAGUGGAUUGAAGCGAUGUUAGAUGAAAUGGAGUGACCGGAAGAGUUCAUGAGGAUGAUUGAGUCGGUUGGGUUGACGAGGUCUCUAAAGCAGUACCGACUAAUUGGCGAAGCUCCUCCUUCUUCUCGAUCUAUUUCCUUCUCUUUUCCACUUUUUUGAUCUCACCUAUUGCUUUCAACCUAAUAAUGUCUCCGCCUGUCCUCCUCCGCCUCCUGCUCCUGAUGACGAUACACAAACUUAACAAUGGGACAGUCAAGAAGAAGCCGCAAAUCUAAAACUCUUUCAACCACCAAAUCCACCUCCAAAACUACCAUAAACAACGAACUCAUCGGUCUCACCAACAGUAAACACGGUCAUGGAAAGAUUAGGAGAGUGCUGCCAGAUAUGGACGCCGUGGUGAAAGUCUUUUGUGUUCACACAGAGCCAAAUUAUUCACUGCCAUGGCAGAGAAAUAGGCAGUAUAGUUCGUUUAGCAGCGGGUUUGUGAUUGGAGGAAGAAGGAUAUUGACUAAUGCACAUUCUGUCGAGCAUUACACCCAAGUUAAGCUCAAGAAACGCGGCUCUGAUACCAAGUAUUUAGCUACUGUCCUUGCUAUUGGAACUGAAUGCGAUAUUGCUAUGCUAACAGUUGACGGUGAUGAGUUUUGGGAAGGAGUUUCCGCUAUUGAGUUCGGCGAAUUGCCUGCGCUUCAAGAUUCUGUGACGGUUGUAGGAUACCCAAUUGGUGGAGACACAAUUUCUGUGACUAGUGGAGUUGUUUCAAGAAUUGAGAUUCUAUCUUAUGCUCAUGGUUGCACAGAGCUUCUAGGCUUGCAGAUAGAUGCUGCAAUAAACUCUGGAAAUUCGGGUGGGCCAACUUUUAAUGAUAAAGGUCAAUGCAUUGGCAUUGCUUUUCAGUCCUACAGUCAUACAGAUGCUGAAAAUAUAGGGUAUGUGAUACCAACACCAGUCAUCUCACACUUUAUUAAAGAUUUUGAGAAGAAUGGAGCAUAUACAGGAUUUCCAUUGCUUGGAAUUAAAUGGCAGAAAAUGGAAAAUCCAGAUUUGCGUAUGGCCGUGGGUAUGAAACAUGAUCAGAAGGGUGUUCGAAUCAAAAGAAUUGAUCCCACAACUCCUGAAUCUGAAGUUCUAAAGCCAUCUGACAUUAUUCUUAGCUUCGAUGGCGUAGACAUUGCCAAUGAUGGGACAGUUCCUUUUCGGCAUGGAGAACGGAUAGGUUUUAGUUAUCUUGUUUCCAAGAAGUAUACAGGAGAUAACGCAGUUAUUACAAUUCUCCGCGAUUCUGAGAUUCUGAUUGUUGAUAUCACACUUUCUGUUUAUCAAUACAUCGUUCCAGCACACGUUCAAGGCAGACCACCUUAUUAUAUUAUUUCAGGAUUUGUGUUCAUAGCCGUUUCUGAUCCAUAUCUCAUUGCUGAGUAUGGUGACGAUAUGGAAGGUCCUGUCAAGCUUAUGGAAAAAGUUACGCACUCGAUGCGACGAUCCCCAGAUGAGGAGAUUGUGUUGGUUUCUCAGGUUCUUGCCGCUGAUAUUAAUGUCGGCUAUGAGGACAUUGUCGAUACUCAGGUUAUAGCUUUCAAUGGAAGACCUGUGAGGAACCUGAAGAGCUUGGCUUGCAUGGUAGAGUUUUGUACUGAUGAAUAUUUGAAAUUCGAAUUGGAGUAUGAUCAGAUUGCAGUUCUUCGUACGGAGCCUGCUAAGGAAGCUACUGACGAUAUUCUUACUACACAUUCCAUACCUUCAGCAAUGUCCGACGAUAUUAAAGAAUUCAUCUCUUAGGUUUUGAAGAGUGAAAGAAGAAGAUUUGAUUUAACAGAUUGAAGAAAAAAGAUUGUCCCAAUAGGAAGAUGCAAAAGCGAAAAAGAUGAAAUCCGUGGUUUAUUUUUUGUUUAUAACCUGAUUUGUUUCAUUCAGUGCUGUUUAUAGGCAGCAGAGUAUAUAGUUAGUCGGACUUUUGUUUGGUAUCA